UGACAAAUAAACGAAGGUCUCAAUUGAGAGCUUAUAUUUCAAAAAUACUCUUCUUGCGACUAGAUGUCGCAGGUUCUCGGCGUCAUUUGUAGCAUAGCCUACUCGCCUCACAGCUCUCCAUUCAAACCCUUUACAGUUCAUGGUAAACACCCAUGGAACGACUUUUAAAGUCAAUUUCGUACUUCCUGGGUUGAAGUAGCUAGCAUUGCAUCGGCCAAUGUGGGUGGUACUUCCUCACACUCUCCAGGUCUAUAUAAAACCACCAUGCGAUGAGUUUGUGAUUGAAAUCACACGGUCUAUAGCCUACUAAUUGGUGUUUGAAAUAGAACUGUUUAAAAGAGUCGUGUCGCAUCCUAGCCUAAUCAUAUAAGCAUACGUGUCGACGCUUGAAUAGGCUACUACUUUGCCUUCGAUUGUGCGCCGUGAAAGUGUGACUUGUUGGUUUUAACCGCAUUAUAUCUGCAUGGCUAAAGUUGUUGUCCUGGAUCUUGACAGCGUUCCUCGCUCAGAAGACAGUAGGCCUAAUUGUUAUGAAGCAUUUACAGGAAAGAUCUCAAUGAUCCUCAGUCAGGCUGGUGAAGUGCAUGAACCUGUUUACCUUAUUUGUGUGCAAUGUCAGGGCUCGAGCGCUACACCACCGGAGAGAUUUGUCAGUCUAAGAAAACAGGUCCGUGUCUUACAGGACAACUCAGUUUCCGCUUCGAUGUACACAAUAAAGCAAGAAUUGGAUAAUCUGGAUUUGAGCAAUGUUGUGAUACUUACGUCUAGUCAUCGAAGAGCUGUACUGCAAAAAUACCAAGAAUCUCUCUUCACAGCUCUGUACAACUUUGAAUAUAUAACUGUGUUUGAUGAUCAGAGAGCGUUCAGUGAUAGUCCUACCAGUCUAACAUCUGGUGAGAUCACAGAAGUGACAGAUGAAGUGAGCACAUUUCUUCGGCAGCUCCCAGCGGUUGGAGAAAUGACUGUCCUCAAGUCCUCCCUUGUACCUGACAGUUUCUCACAUGGUUUCAGUACUCGGACGGGAGGAAUCUCCUACAUUAGCACGCUAAGCUCCCUGAACCUCUUCAGCAGCUCCAGCCGUAGAGACCCCAAGGCCGUUGUGCUUGAAAACAUUCGGCGUCUUGGACUCCAAGUUGGCUUUCAGCCUCACCAGUUCCACCUGGUAAAGACAGAUCAUGCCAGUGAUGUGUGGGUGGUGGGUGAGGAAGGCCCUGAACGCUACGAUGGAAUAGUGACCAAUCAAGUCAACGUUGUCAUAGCAGCACCAGGGGCUGACUGCAUGCCUCUGCUGUUCACUGACCCUGUAUCAAAAGUGAUCGGAGUGGCCCAUGCAGGCUGGAAGGGGACACUGAUGGGGAUUGCUAUGGCAACAGUGAAUGCCAUGGUGACACGAUUUGACAGUAAGACAGAAAACAUUUUAGCAGUGAUCGGUCCAUCUGUUGGCUCCUGCUGCUUCAAGCUCGAGCAAGAGUCAGCCAAAGAGUUCCACGCCAUACACCCAGACUGUGUCAGGGACGACGGGACAUCAAAGCCAUACGUCAAUAUCAGGCUGGCCACAAGAAUUCUCCUGGAGCAAGGGGGGCUCCUCUCCAAACACAUUCAUGAUGACACUGUGACUGACACUCCCAGUGUCACACUGUGCACCUCCUGCCGCUCAGACAUGUUUUUCUCUCAUGUUCGAGAUGGGACCAACUUUGGCACACAAAUUGGCUUCCUUUGGAUAAAAGAGUAAGAGGUAACGGCUGCCGAGGACAAAAUAAUGGGAAAUAAGGCGGAAGCAAAGAACUCCACAACGUGAAGUCCAUUCAUUUUGGAUAAUGGGACAUUCAAAGGCCUAAAGUAAGGCGACCUGUUUGCACUACUACUUUCUUUCACGGACAAGGAACAUGUUGGGUAGUUUUUCUUUGGUUAUGGUUGGUUCCACUGUGGUUAAGCCUGAAUCCUUAAGCUUGCUAGCUGUUUGUUAUUGUAUGCUUGCUAGCUUACACACGUUCUCCAGAUAACAUGUUAUUUAAUCACGGAAUUCAUUGCGUUUACACCACUUGGCAAAAUGAUAGAAUGUUUAUGUUGUUCAUCCAUUGGCUUGCCUUGACUACACACUCACUCUAGACUCUACUCACUCCAGCUUUUCAAUCAACCGUUAUUUACUCUGGUUCUUAGUUACCAUUCAGAGUUUCCACAGCAUUGAUACAGAACAGUGAUUAAACUGAUUUCUCUGUUAUAGGGAAAUAAUGUAGAAGUUUCCAGGUUAUGAAUAAAUAUACUAAUCGUCAUUUCCCUCUUGUAAAAACAAAUUGUACAAUUGUACAGUUAUAACCCAAUUAAAGGAACAUUGUGUAGGGUUUGGUGGGAUCUAGCAGUGAGACUGCAGAGAACAACCCACUGAAUACUUCUCCAUUUCCAUACGUGUAGGAGAAGCUAAGUAGGCCGCCAGGUGCCAUAACAACGCGAAAGGCCCUUUCUAGUGCCAGUGUUUGGAUUUGUCUGUUCUGGGCUACUGCAGAAACAUAGCAGCGCAACAUGGGGAACUUCGUUGAUGAGGACCUGCUCGAUAUGAAGGGCUCAUUCUAAGCUAAUGAAAACACAACGAUUCAUAGUUACAGCACUUAUGAAAACAUAAUUAUGAAUACUAUAUUCGAUUUCUGCUAAAAGAUCACCUUAAAUCCUACAUACUGCACAUGGAAUACAGACACAUGGUGUUUUAUUUAUAUUUUUGUGUUACUUUUUACAUUUGAUUGAUGUGCUAUUCACUGUAUGAUUAGAAUGUCACUUUUGUAAUUUUGUAUUUUGUGUUUCAACGUAUUUGCUGACUUCAAGUUCCAAUGAAUUCACGUUACAUUGAGUGAAUGGACUACCUGCGGAAUGAUAUGGAAGAUGUGAAUUAGAAGCACAAAACCUGUUGCUAAUGGCACUCAUUCAUUUUCUGCAGUGGUCAGUUCAUUGGGGUAGCUCAUUGAAAUCAAUGGAGCUGUAUAAUAAGCAUAAUGAAAUAGUACUACUACUACUAAUAAUAAAUCUAUUGUUUGUUUGUUUUUUCAUGAUUGUUUUUAGUUUUGUACAGCAGUUUGGUACAACUUGUUUGAUUUUAACAUGUGCUUUAUUAGUAAAGUAUACUUUUUACUGA